CCGGUGUGGCGGAGGUGAGCGCGCGCGCUGUCCGUUUUGAUUUUUUUUCUUCCCCGCUGCGAGGAUGCUGCGCUUCCCGGUGAAGAAAAUCAGGAAGCAGUUCAAGCUGCUGCUGUUACUGGUGCUGCUUACUUUCGCCGUGUGGUUCACCUACCUGCACAUCAACCAGGGCAAGUCCAUCCGACUGCACUUCAACUACGGCAAAGAUGGAGAGAGGCAAGCAGAGGGGACUGAUACCAGUCAGAAGAGAAACUCACGCUCCUCGGACAGCCAUCACAAGAGUGAGGACACCAGCGAUAGCCGUGAAGAUGAUGCAUCAGAGGAUGAGCUUCACGCCGCCGCAGCUGACAGAGAUCAGUCUGAGAUCUUGAAGUUACUUGCUAAGAAGCACACGAAGUUGCCAUGGAAACCUGAGUAUAAGGGUCAGGCAAACCUGCACGUGUUUGAAGACUGGUGUGGCUCAUCUACCGCUCAGCUCAGAAAGAACCUUCAUUUUCCUCUCUUUCCCCAUACAAGAACUGUAGUGAAGAAACUGGCUGUGGCUCCCAAAUGGAAAAAUUACGGCUUGAGAAUAUUCGGCUACAUUCAUCCAUACAAAGACGGGGAUUUCCAGUUUGGAGUGGCGUCUGACGAUAACGCAGAGUUCUGGUUGAGUUCAGACGAGAGCCCGCUCAACGCCCGUCUGCUGGUCUACGUGGGACAGCUGGGAUCAGAGUGGACGGCACCAGGGGAGUUCACCAAAUUCAGGUCUCAGGCUUCCAAGUCUGUCCAUCUCAUCGCUUCCAGAAGGUACUACUUCGAGAUUCUGCACAAGCAGGAUGACAAGGGCUCCGAUCACGUGGAGGUUGGGUGGCGACCUUUCCUGCCAGGCCUAAAAUACGAGGUCAUUGAUUCUGCAUACAUCUCCCUGUACACAGAUGAGAGCGGCAUGAAGAUGAACAGCGUGGAUCACAUCCCUCAGACGCUGGCCAGUCACAGUCGACUCCCUGUGGAGACUCAGAGCGGCAGGCAGCAUGGCGCCGACAUGCUGAAACCCGACCCCCGCGACACCUUCUUCAGGACCCCGAUGAUUGACUCUUCUCGGCUGGAGAACGUGCUGCCACCUUGUCUGUACUCACCCACGUAUGUGGUUAAAGACUUCCCUAUCGCACGCUACCAAGGCCUGCAGUUUGUCUAUCUGACCUUUGUCUAUCCCAAUGAUUUCACCCGGCUAACACACAUGGAACGAGAGAACAAGUGUUUCUACCGAGAGUCACCUAUUUAUCUGGAGAAGUUUGGCUUUUACAAAUACAUGAAAAUGGAUGAAGAGGAGGAUGACAGGCCAUUCUUCUUCCCCAAUCCUGAUGAUUUUCUUGAAGAGGAGGAAGGUGUGGAUCCUGAGGAUGAGGAAGAGAUUGUGGGCACUCCGCCAUCGAAGCGGGUCGUACGGCCCAGCCAGACGAGUCACAGCCCAAGCCCUUCUCACAAAUCAGGGUCGGUGACAACCAGGAGGGAGGAUGAUGAAAGGAACCAGGAAGUGCGUCAGAGAAAGGCAGUGCUGAGAGAACAAAGACACUACUUCUACAAGGACAAGACACGGGAUAGGGAUUGGAAGAAAGGGGCGGGGCUAGAGGAUCCCGACCGACAGCCUGAGAUGGCUGAGACUGAGAACAUUCCGGAUGAGAACGUAGUGCACGGUCGCUCUCUGUCUUGGAUCCAGAAACACAAAGAAGGCGGGAAAAGAAAAGAAGCCACCCCUAAAUUGAGCCGAUCUUCCCUCCUGUUCCCACAGAAAUCCUCGCUUACAGCACUCACUAACCGAGCUAAGCAGCUUCUGACCAACUCUGCUCAUGCUGGCCGUAAAGAUGCUCGCCGUGACCUUGGAAAAAGUCACCUGAACACCAACAAGGAGCGCAGAAAAGAUAAAAUCUACAUCACUAGACCCCGGCCUGCGAACGAGAAAAAAAAUCCUUCCUCACAGCACCCGCGAGAGGUAUUUCCUGGAGUUUUUCUCUACCAUAGUGGGAAAACCACCAAACUUAUGAACCUUAACUCUAAGCCCAAGGUGAGAAAAAGCAUCCUCGGGGCUUCUCAGUUCCUCGCCAAGCCCCCUCUUAGAGAAAACAGAGCCUUCCCUUUAAGCUCAAACUCCAGUCAUAAGAGCGCAGUUCACCGGGCCUCCAGCAGGGCGGUGCCCACAAGUCACACUGAGAAGGACAGAUUGGUAGCGGUUCCUUUUAGUUCGAGCCUUAAACCUGCUUUUCCUGUUACUCCUCCCACUUUUCACAAUAUGUCUUCAGAAAACGCUCUGCCUACCGAACCUCCCCGCUUCACCUCCUACCUCCGGACCACUGAGAUCACGGAGACGCAGGUGAAUCAGGCAGAGGUGGAGCCCGAGCAGGAGGAAGAGGCCGACCUGUCAGAGUACAGCUAUGAGGAGAUAGAGCCACGGCCAGGCUGGGCAGAAGAGGCUAUUAACUGGCAGAGGACAUUUUCUGUCAACAGUAUGGACUUUGAGACGUUGCGUUCUGACUGGAAUGAUCUGAGGUGUAACGUCUCAGGCAACCUGCAGCUUCCUGAGAGCGAGGUGGUGGACGUGCUUGCGCAGUAUAUGGAGAAACUGAACGAGCACAAUGGAGGUAUCUACACACUCUUGAGGAUCAUAAACGUGGAGAAGAGGCGCGACUCGGCGAGGGGAAACCGCUACCUGGUUGAGCUGGAGCUGAUGGAGAGAGGCAGGAACGUAGUGCGUUUGUCUGAAUACAUCUACCUCUUACUGCACCGUGGCCGGAUCGAGGAUAGUCUGGAGACCAGCGAUGGAGUGACCGCCUCACCCCCGUCCGCUCCCAUCUCACCCAGAUCCUCUGCCUCCGCUCAGCCACUCACCCGCACAGCCCGUGCUACCCAGCGACCCGGGACGGUCUACGCCAAACCGCUGCUCUGUCAGCCGGUCAUGCUGCAGUGGAGAAAAGAUGUCAUGGUGCACUUCGUGGUACCUGUAAAGAACCAGGCUCGUUGGGUGCAGCAGUUCAUCAGUGACAUGGAGCUCUUGCACCAUGAGACCAAAGACGAGAACUUCAACAUCAUCAUUGUGGAUUUCCAGAGUGACGAUAUGGACAUAGAGCAGGCCCUGAGAGAGAGCUCUGUGCCAAGGUAUGACUAUCUGAGGAGGGAGGGGAAUUUUGAACGCUCAGCUGGAUUGCAGAUGGGAGUGGACACUAUUGAGGAUAGUCACAGUAUUGUGUUCUUGUGUGACCUGCACAUUCACUUUCCUCUCAACAUCCUGGAGAGCAUCAGGAAGCACUGUGUAGAGGGCAGGCUAGCCUUCGCGCCAAUCGUCAUGAGGCUGGGGUGCGGGAGCUCACCGCAAGAGCCUGAUGGAUACUGGGAGGUGAACGGCUUUGGCUUGUUUGGAAUUUAUAAGUCUGACUUUGACAAAAUAGGCGGCAUGAACACAGAGGAGUUUAAGGAUCGCUGGGGAGGAGAGGACUGGGAACUGCUGGACAGAGUAUUACAGAACGGGUUGGAGGUGGAGAGGUUAAGAUUACGGAACUUCUUCCACUACUAUCACUCUAAAAGGGGCAUGUGGAACUCCCAGAUAAAGAAGAGCUCUAAAGGCUAAGACUCAGCCGCUAUAUUUAUAAACUGAACGUCAGACUUCACUUGACACACAAAUGGGCUGUCCCGAGCAGUCACAUGAUCUCUGACUCUUAUGUCCCGUACAGGAGGGAUCCCCAUGGACGCAGCCUGGCUACCUUCGUGUAUGCACUUCAGGCCUUCAAGAGCAUUCACUGGACUCUUCUUUGUGCUUUUACUGUGUGUGUGAGAUUCUUUAUUUGUUAGGAGAGGAUUUUUUAUACUUGAAGUAACCACGCUUGGGAAAAUUUUUAUUAAAAGUGAAGGUAAGUGCAGCUAAAAUGUGCUACAGUGAGAAAAAGCCGUCUGCGCAGUGGCUAGUGCAAGACCUCCGUAAUGAUGUCAAGUUCUGGAGAAGUUUUUCGAGAAUUUGCUUGGUGUCUGCCUCAACAUCCUGUUAAGUAUGAAGGUAAUUGUGUAGAAGCUUAGCACUGUGGGUAGAUAUGUCCUUUAUGGGUAUAAGAGUUUCUUGUUUUUUUAAGUUACUACAGCACUGGUUUCUGUUGAAGUACAGAAUAAUAUUUAUGUACUUCUUGAUCUGUAUGUGUCCUAAUACAAACGCUGUACUGAAAGUAAUGCAAACGUGGGCAUAACAGAGUAACUCUUGCCUAUAUACAAAGGUACUGCUCAUCAUAAGCGAUGCAUUUGCGCAAUUGUUAAACUCUCGAAUUCUCAGUGGAUGAUCUCCAACUGCAUUAUUUGUCUUAUGUGCUGGUUUUCCUUUAAACUUCUUUAUCCAUCUGUCCACAUUGCUCGUGCCAAUAGUGUCAUUUCCGUUAACAUUCUGUAGCGCAGUGGAGAACCAUCAGCUGCGAGUUUUCAAAGAUGAUUCGAAAGUUGGGUUCAACAAUGAUGUUGAGUAGUACAUUUGUAUAGAGGAAGAGUUACUCUACCAACUUGUGCGGUUUGCAUUACUUUCAGGACCAUCUUCGUAUUUGCCAGAAGAGGGUGACACAAAUGCUGAUAGAAAUGAAUGAUUGCAUACUGGACAAUAUGGUGGUGCUGAAAAGUUCAAGGUUAGACAAAUCGCCAUCGAUGGUAAUAACAUUGAAGCAGUAGAGAUGGGAGCUGGGGGGAGUGUAUCAGCCUCCUGCUUGCUCAUAUUUUAUAUAGACAUUCCCACUUCCCUUGUUUUGAAAUGACAUCAAUACAUCAUGAUAAAUCAGUUACCCUUCAGUCUGUGUGAAAAUAUAUCCUGCAGAAAAACACCACAAAGUUCACUGAUGUCGUAACUCACAAUGCAAAGACGAAGCAAACUAGCUGCUGAUGAAGAGUUUGCUGAAAGCCAUUAUUUAGGAAAAAAAAAACGAUAUCAAUGAUAGUUAGGACUAGACAGAGAGAGGAAGAAGAGAAUCCAUAUUGUUAGGUUAAAUAUAUAUUCCGUAUACCCACUCACACUGUGGCGUAUAAUGCAAAAUGAUGGAAAAGCUCACUGUUCUGGGAUCUGUUUAAAGGUGGACUUUUCAAAUGAGGUCACAAAAAAUCUAAUAGGGGAAAAUCUGAUUAUCUUGUUUAAGCCCAGGCCAAUUACAAAUUUGAAAAAGGACAUGAAGCAGAGAAUGUUUUGGGGUUUUUUUCCCUCAGGUUAGUACACGCACAUUGGAGUUCCUUAAAUGACAAAUUUUGCAUAAUAGAUCGAAUUGCUCAAUCGUUUAUUUAUUUUCCGCUUACACAAUGUAGGGACAUAUAGGGUCUACACCAGUAUUCUGGCAUUUAAUCCUAGGAAGCAGGUGUAUGUAUUUUAAUGUUUCAGCUAACACUAACCUUAAUCUCGGACUAUAGCUUUACAGCUGUCGCAUAAAAGGAAUCACCUGUGUGAAAUCAUAAACAUUUAUACUUAUUACAUUUAAAAGAAAUGCUUAUCCAGCAUGCUUUAUCAUAAACACAUUUUCAUGCUAGUUUACAGGGUCAGGGACUAACACUGCUAUUGAUCUCAAGGGAGGUUCGUCCAGGAUGACAAAACACAAGACUAAAAAAAACAGCCACUAGAGAGCGUCAGCGACUUUUCGUCCGCUGUCAUGUUGUCCAAUAUGUAACCAGUCAUUGAUAACCAUGCACUAGUGCUUGUGGGUGGAUAACCGGAUUUCCUUCUCAGAAAUACACUGAACAAUUAAGAAUCCUGCUGACCUUUGACACUCAUUCUCGGAGAUUGAAUUCUCCGAGAAACAAAAAAGAUUUUGUUCUUUGUUGGUCUGUGUGCAUUCGUUUCUAUUUGUCUUGAAAAGACACCACGGAGUUCGAGUUCUCAGAUGCAAACUUGUGUUGAGAGACAGCCUAAAGCUCUUGUAUAACCUUAGAUCAUUUUACACUGAGCUAUAACUGUAGUCUAUAGGCCUUCCAGUGGACAAAUUCUGUCAUCUCCUACGUGUGCCUUUGUUUCUGUGUUUUGUUUUGUUU